GAGCAGAGUGAGAUGCGUCCCGGAGCCUGAGGCGUUCGGACGAGUCGGAGCCGGACGCGGAGCUUUCAGGCGGGGAGCCUCCGGAGAGACACCGCGCGGUCUGUCGCACUGAAGCCGGGCGUGGGUGCACUGCGCUGCGCCUCCAGCUGCGUGCCGCUGAAAGCUGCAGGACUGAGACAUGUACCAGGUCCAGCUGGUCGGGGAGCAGCAGGAGAGCCGGCCCCUACUGAGCCCCUCCAUCGAUGACUUCCUGUCGGAGAGCCGGAGCGACACCCCCUCCGCCCGACCGCUCACCUCCAACACAGCAGUUCUGUCCACAGCUCUGGAUCUGGUGGACCUCAGCGAGCUGGGGGAGAGCAGCGGGGGGAGCAACAAGGAGCGGAGGAGGAGCCCUCUGAGGAAGAAGGGCAGCUCGAAGAGUCCGCGACGCCGAGCCAAACCCGAGGAGACGGAGCUGAUCCAGGUGCAGGUGGAACACCUGCCCGCUAGUCCCAGAACACCUGAGAGGAUCUCCCUGGACUCAGUCAGCCUGUCGUCUCCUCUGGAGAAAUGGGAGGAGGUGAAGCUGGACGUGGAGGACAGCGGGCGCAGGAGGAGAUACGAGAAGAGAUGCACCUCCCAUCACUCGUCCAGUGAACUGCUGUGGUCUGCAGAGUUUAAAACCGACCCGCUGACCAAGAACAGCUUCAACAUCCACAGCUUCGACGACCUCGACUUCAUUUCUUCAACACAGGACUGCGGGGCGUCCCGGCAGCGCAGACGGACUCGCUCUCUGCUGGUCAGGAACGAGUCUCUGGAGGACGAGUUUGUCCGGGCGAAAGCUGCUGUGGAGUCGGACACAGAGUUCUGGGACAAGAUGCAGGCAGAGUGGGAGGAGCUCGCUCGGAGGAACUGGCUGGAGGACUCCGAGGACCAGCAGCCGAUCCCGCCCACCGUCUCACCUGCAGAGAAGGGUUACUAUUUCAACACCAACAACCCGUACAGAGACUGGCCCAACGCCUUCGCCGAGGCUCAGGAGAAAGCUCGGGAGGGAGACCUGAACACUGCCGUGCUGCUGCUGGAGGCCGCCAUCUUGCAGGACCCGCAGGACUCAGAGGCGUGGCAGAUUCUGGGGAUGACUCAGGCUGAGAACGAGAACGAGCAGGCCGCCAUCGUGUCGCUGCAGAGGUGCCUGGAGCUCCGCCCCAACAACCUGCCGGCCCUCAUGGCGCUCGCCGUCAGCUUCACUAACAGCGGCAUGCAGCGGGAGGCCGGCGACGUGCUGCGUCGCUGGAUCUGUCACAACCCGCGAUAUAAACACCUGGUCCAGGACAGCAGGAGUCCGCUACAGGGCUCCCCGGCCAUGCUGUGCAGGGGCCCCCACACCUCCACACCUGCCAGGUGUGAGCUGCAGGACGUGCUGCUCCUCUUCCAGGAGGCGGCUCUGCUGAAUCUGGACUGUGUGGAUCCUGACCUGCAGACCGGGCUGGGAGUCCUCUUCAACCUGAGCUCAGACUUCGACAAGGCGGUGGAAGCUUUCAGUGCAGCGCUGUCUGUCAGGCCACAGGACUAUCUGCUGUGGAACCGUCUGGGAGCCACACUCGCCAACGGAAACCGCAGCGAGGAGGCGGUGGAGGCGUACACCAGAGCUCUGGAGCUGCAGCCCGGAUUCAUCCGCUCGCGGUACAACCUGGGAAUCAGCUGCAUCAACCUGGGAGCGCACAGGGAGGCGGUCAGUAACUUCCUCACGGCGCUGAACCAGCAGAGGCGGAGUCAGCGCUGCAGCCAGCAGCAGAUGUCGGCCAACAUCUGGGCCGCCUUGCGGAUCGCCAUCUCAAUGAUGGACCGCCCCGAGCUGUUCCAGGCCGCCAACAUGGGCGACCUAGAUCUGCUGAUGAGGGCCUUCGACAUGAGCGACGUCUGACGGCGAGUCAUGGGAAGGCGGAGCCUUGCUCCCAGAGUCACGGGAGCCCUUUAGCUUCCUGUUUGUAGCUCUGCAUUCUCAACGCCGUCUGCAGGUCUGAACACGACCAGGUCGAUCAUCUUAUCACCUUUAACAAGAAGAUUGAAUUCAGCUCCUCCUCUUCCUCCUUGUCACCUGCGCUCACCUGCUGCUGAUUUUCCUCUGCUCAUCGGUCACUUCCUGAUGGUCGACUUUAAACGUGAUGUCGUGAGGGAUGAAGAGGAGGAGGAAGGUCUGGACCUCACUCGUGGACUUGUCAGAGCAGCUUUGCAUGAUUCACGGCUCAAAAUAAUCCUUCUUUAUCUGACACAAACUUUCUUUUCAUGGCUGUCCUUCAUGAAAGGAAAGUUUGAACAUCAGGUGGGCGGAGCUUAUGUACUCGCAGCCAGAGAUGUCCUCCUACAUGCAGCAUAGACGUAGCCACCGUGAGCACCUUUAUGAGCAUUUUCACCUUCGUGGUGUUUUGAAAGUGGGCGGCUCUGACGCACUCGUGGAAGCCCCGCCUCCAUCCUCCACCGCAGCCUGCUUCUCUGUCUCCUUCCUCUGUCAGCUGCUCUCCACAGCGGAUCAUCUUCUAUCCCAGCAUCCUCCAACCCGCUCCACUACGUCCAUCCAUAAACCUCCUCUGAGCUCUUUCUCUUCUCUUCCUGCCUGAAGCUCCACCUUCCUGCUUCUGCACAUGCUCAGACCAACUGAGCCAUUCGUCUGAUGGACUCAUGUCUGAUCCUGUCCAUUCUGCUCACUCCCAGUGGACACCUGAACAUCCCAGCAGGUCUCACUACCAUCUUUAAACCUUCUUCUCCUUCUGUCACCUGGCUCCGCCCACUCUGCCCCUCUGCACUCGGUCUCCUGCUUUGUAUUAAUGGGACCAGAAUUUAGAAAAUAAACUUUGUUUUUUAAUGAAUCAGACGUGAAACCAGUGACUCAUCAGGAAAGACUUCCCUGCGCUCAUUUUCUCAUGGACUUGUAUACAGUCGGACACCGGAGUCGCCCUCUGCUGGCCACCCUGUUAUGUCCAAACCCCAGAAUCUCUUCAGUGGUCGUUCUCACCUCUGUAGCUUUUCUAUCGGCUCUGUUCACUUGCAGCACGUCUUUCAGCUCAGGUUUUAAAAACUCACGAUGUCCGUGGACAUGAAGCUUAGCACCAGGUCCUUUCCUAACGAAUAAUGCAAACCACGGAACUGCAGGAGUGAGGAGAAGCAGAACACGCCCACUUUAAGGCUUUUUUCCUCGCAUGUUUCUUCACCUUGUUACUUUUAACCCUUUAAAGCCAUAAAACAGCAGCAGGGGUCUGUUAGCAAAGAACCAGGCUGCAAAAAAGUUUCCACCUCUGCCGUGAAAAGGCAGCAACUCGCCUCUGUGUGUCGCCUCCUGCAGGCAACAGCUGGUGCUGCAGCAGCAUUUAUUUAAAUCAAACCAAGAGGCCACCUUCGCACCUGAGAUCAGGUGUGGUGCUAAAGAUGAAUAACAGAAGUCAUAACUCAGAAUGCUAACGUUAACGAGGCCUCACAGAAAGUUUUCCAUGUGGUGAUGAUGAAGCAGCUGUAUCAGGGCUAGCGCUGCCUGCAGGAAGGGUUCGGGCAUGUGUCGUGUUCAGAUAUUUUCCAAAGGAAUUCAGGAGAAAUAUCUGUCGUUUAAAAAGAUUUAAUUUGCUUUGGCAGUUGAAAUGACAAGCUACAGCGCUGGACCCCUGUGUGACACAGCCGUCUGUCUUCACACAAACGAUGACCCUCAGCGGGCCUACAGCUUCUUCCAGAACCAACGUGGCAGUCUGCUGGAUCCCUAUGAAUCCUUCCGUCUGCUAACCUCCGACCUCGCCUCGUAUCUGCUCCUUCCUCUGUAAGAGACAGAAAAGAAGAACACCCCGCUGCCUAGCCUUGAUCAUUUUAAUCCCACUGCUGAUUCCAAUAUCUAUUUCAGGACAUUCUGUUCAGACUCUCCCAGAGAAUAUCCCUCAAACCCUGGAGUGUAAGCAUGCUGCAAAACCCUCCGUGCGCUACGUCUACGCUUCAAUAUUUCAAAUCCAGUCAUGGCGCUGGACGAAGCUUUUGACCCUCAAACACGGAGCGCCAACAUGUUUAUGAGCACAUUUCCAUUGUGUUUAUAAAAAAAUAAUAAAACAGCUUUAUUUAAUCAUUUUAAACCCUAACAUGUCUCACUGAUGCAGCGUCACUUCUGUGCGUUAAAGUUUUUCACAAAAAGACUGCAGCGGUUUCCCGCCUGGCCUGGAGGUGGCGCUCAUCGUCCCGUCAUACCUGCUGCUGUUCCUGUGUUUGCCUGUGGGAGGCGCCUGUGAUUGAUUCCAAACAUUAACAUGUUAUAGUUUAAAACUGAUGUUUGUAUUAUUGUUACAGUUUCUGUGUUUUAUUCUGAAAAGUCGUGUUCAUGCUCUGUCCCUUCCUUCCUGUCGCUGGUUCUCAGGUGAGUGUGAGAAAACGUGCAGCAGCUAAAUCAAAGCAGCGUUCCCGAGUCCUGGAGCGGUGAAGGCUUCCUGUCAUGUCGUUAGUUCGGGACGAUUUCCUGUCUGUGGGUUUUUCCAGAGCAGCUGACAGGAAACCACAGCGCUUCUCAUUCUGAGGGUUUUAAUGUGUUCGAGUCAGGCCGCCGAGGUCGCCCAAGUAACAAAAGCAAAGAGGUCGAGAAAAGGAAAAAGCCAGCGCGUUUCAUCCACAGCUUCCUGCUUCAGAGAUUAACGGGAAGAUUCACAAACUUCAUCCACACGAUGAUGAGGAGUGUGAAUCUUCGUCCUGCUCUUCUUCACGUCUGUACGGUUCUGAUGUAAAUGACUGUACGGACAGUAAUCACAUGUAAACUGAUGAUAUUUAGAAUUAAACGGGUGAUACAGAAACAGCUCA